ACCAUCUGGUAACACUGCCUGAGACAACAAUAAUAGAAAUAAAUUAACUCAAUUGGCGAAUUAAACUAUAUUAGGCGCGGCGUGACGGAGGAAAUUUGAUGAAUAGCAGGCGGCGAUUGCCAUGACGAAUGGCGGCAGUGCGUCCCAUGGAAGGCCACCGCGCAACAGUGUUCCGGCAGAAAUGUACGCGAUAGUGCAUGUGCAUCGCGACUAAUCCAAAGAGUCCCAUUGUGGUCAUAACGCAUUUAAUAACCAACCCAGCCAGAAAGGCUAAUCGUGCCAGAUCCAGAGAUCCUCUAGUGACUGCAUCCUCUCCAAAUCGUUUAACCUCUCCCAACCAUGGACGAAGAUAUCCUGAACGCUGUAGAGUCCAUGUUUGGCAAGGAUGUCAAGAUUGUGGAUUGCGAGACUUCCUCCUCGAUGCAGCAGGAAGAGGUUCUACUGGUCAAUGGAGUGCCAGUAAAACUUGACGGCCUGCCGGCGGAUGAUGCCAGUGCCAUCAAGGCUGCUUUGCUAGAGGGCCAAAUGCCUUCGGUGGAGCAUUUAAAUCAGCUACUCUUCCGCGCCGGAUUGGCCCAACAACCCAUCGAGGUAGAGACCUCGUUGACCGUGAAGUCCUCGUUGACCACAACGGAAGAGGUGCUAGUAUCGCGAAACGGACAGAUUUUGGAUGAACGCACUGUGGAGACAAAGGAGAACUUUAACCACCAAUCACACCAGAAGGAGAUUUGGCAUCCUGUCAAGCAGCAGUCGGCCCUGGCUCGUGCCACUCCCGAGAACGCCCUCAAAUACCGAACCGCUUCGAAUUCUACGUUCGCCUCACAGGCCACGGACUCAGACGAACGUCCGCCUGAUCCAUUGGGUCGACAGCUGAACCAAACCUUCUCGAAUGCUUCUCUUAUGUCCAGCAGCUCGGCCAUUACUGGAUCUGAUCAGGUCAUCGGAUCUGUUUCGUCCACUACAAUUGGGGACAAAAGCUCGAAUAUAAGCAGCUGCGACUCCGGGCAUGAUGGCCUCUUCCACAGCGUGUCCAUGAGUGCGCCCUGGUCACAUCCACGUGACACUUUGACCGACUCCUUGUACUGCGACAUUCCUAGCUCCGCAGAUGAGGCGGAUGCCGUUUCUAUCCUGAACACCCACUUGCAGAUCACAGCGCCAUCCGAUUGCCAAACAUCGUCUGUUUACCCCAAAGACAUACCCAAGGAGGGCAGCCUUGAUUCGCUAGUCAGCUUGUUAAUCAGUGGCAGCGAUGAGGUUGUACAGUUUGCCAUUUUGACCUCUGCCCGUUUGUUUUUUCCGCCUCAUGAGCUAAUGUCAAAAAUCAUUGCCAAGAGCCAAGGAAAGGAGGAUAACCUGAUCUGUCUUCUAAACCGCUGGAUAAGCUUUUGUCCUGGAGAUUUUAGCUACGAGAUACUGCUCCAAGAGCUGGAGAAAAUGCGGAAUGUCAAAGGAAUGCCUGCCUUUUUGGAUGGUAUUUCUCAAUCUCAAGCGGAACGGGCCGAAAAGGGAAGAAGCCAACUGCAGUAUCUGCUGACCAAGCAAUCUUCAGCAAGCUCCUUAGGACGUCAAAGCAGUAUUAAGUCACUGAAACGGUUUGCAGCCAAUGUCUAUAAAAUAGACAAUGUACUCAACAAUGUCAGCAAUGCUUUUGAAAUGGCACACCAACUGUAUGCCAUCGAAUAUGCCUAUCUGUCACAAAUACGCCUCGAAGAGUUUAUUGAAAUACUGGAAAGAGAUGAGCUAAAGUCAUGCAUAAGCCAAACCAAGGCGGGUACCUUGGGUUCGAAUUUUAUCAGCCGGGUGACAAUCGACAGCUAUGUACAGUGGUUCAAUCAGCUGAGCUUCUUGACUGCCACGGAAAUACUCAAGCUUGGCAAAAAGUCUCUGAGAGCACAAAUGAUUGACUUCUGGGUGGAGACAGCUCUAGAAUGCUUUAACACAGGCAACUUUAACAGUUUGAUGGCCAUUCUAACAGCAUUAAAUCUGACUGCCAUAGCUCGUCUAAAAAAAACGUGGGCCAAAGUUCAAACGACAAAAUUCGAGGGCUUAGAGCAUCAAAUGGACCCCAGUUCGAACUUUCUCAACUACCGAUCUACCAUGAAGGCAGCUGUUUGGCGCUCUGAAAGGGAUACGGCCAACAAAAUCGAGCGAGCCAUUAUUCCGUUCUUCUCGCUGUUCCUCAAAGACUUGCAUGCCAUUAACGAGAGUCAUAAAACGAAGCUGGCCAACGGCAAUCUUAACUUUGAGAAGUGCCUCCUUUUGGGCACCCAAUUGCAGAACUUCAAUAAAUGGCAGCGUCUCGAUUGUCCCUACGAACAGCUUGCCAAUGUGGUGUCCUAUCUGUUGAAGGCGGAGGUGCUAACCGAGGAUCUUUUGAUGAAGGCCUCCUACGAGUGUGAGCCACCUGAGAACGGCGAGGAAAAAGAUCAUUACAAGACGCUGAAGGCUUCAAAAAAAUCGAACACAUAAUCACCAUUCAUUAACGACAAUCCUCGGGAUAGUGCAAAAUAAUAUACAAGAAAAGCAAUGCAAUAAACCUCGCACACCUUUGUUUGCGUUCCAUUUUCACAUUUUGCAUUUGUAUCGCGAUACAGCAGUAACAAUAAUAACUCUUACACUUCCAUUGUGUUUGUUAAUUUGUACUUAAGCUUAGACGAUGGUAUAUAUUUAUUUUCAAUCAAUUUAUAUAUACAAGAGACAGGCAUUUAAUUAGAAACACCAAAAAUAUGCUUACAAUUACUAAAGUAAUGUUUUAAAUGUUGUAUUUUAGCAGUUAUAUACCCCCAAAAAACACAAAAAUAAAAGACUUCAAUUAAG